AUGACGACUCCCAUUCCCGGGCCACCAGGCUGGCCCAUCAUCGGAAACCUCAGAGAUGUGGACAUCAACGAUACUGUCCGCUGCUUUGGUGACUUGGCUAAGACCUACGGCCCAAUAUAUAAGCUCCAUCUUGGUGGAGACGAUCGAAUCUUCAUCAGCAGCCAGGAGCUGGUCAACGAAGUGUGCACUCGGAAAGAAUUUGUCAAGAUCCCAAUCGGAUCUUUGAAGCAACUUCAACAUGUGACCCCUAAAGGACUAUUCACUGCGCCUCAUGGACUGAAGGAGUGGGGGGAGGCUCACCGAACGCUCACCCCCGCGUUUGGACCUUUGGCAGUGCAAGACAUGUUUCCCGAAAUGCUCGAUGUUGCCUCGCAAGCAGUUCUUCGAUGGGCGAGGGCAGGCGAGAACAACAAGAUCAAUGUCGCUGAAGAUUUCACCCGCCUCACGCUCGACACAAUUGCAUUAUGUGCCAUGGACACUCGUUUCAACUCAUUUUAUAAAGAUGAUCUCGAUCCAUUUAUCGAGGCUAUGUUAACGAUCUUGAAAGAGGCCCAAGUGAGAUCAAGCAGGCCGGCAUUUGUCACACCCUUUAUGAGGGAUGCAAAUCAGAAGUUUGAGGAUGCCAUUGCCUAUGCCCGUAAAGUAGCUGGGGAUGUUAUUGCGAAGCGUCGAGCUAACGCCUCGGGCACUCAGAAGAAGGAUCUCGUUGAUGCUAUGGUGAACAGGACUGACCCGGUCACUGGCAAGAAACUGAGUGAUGAUGUUAUCAUUGACAACAUGAUUACUUUCCUCAUUGCUGGUCAUGAAACAACUUCUGGCCUGCUUUCGUUCCUAUUUUAUCUACUUAUGACUCACCCUGGAGCAUAUUCAAAAUUGCAGCAAGAAGUAGACACCGUUGUAGGCAAAGGGCCUAUAAAAGUUGAGCACCUUGGCAAGCUUUCAUAUGUCAAGGCUUCAUUGAGGGAAGCUUUGCGCCUCCACCCACCCGCUGCUGUAUGGGGAGUCACACCCCUACUCAACGAUGAUAAAGACAGCGACGAGCAUAUUGUGCUGGCAAACAAAUACGCCAUCCGACAGAACCAGACAGUGCUUGUUUUGACCACUACGCUGCACAGAGAUCCCGCUGCCUUUGGGGACGACGGUGAGGAGUUUAAGCCCGAGAGGAUGCUGGAUGAUUCGUUUCAGGCACUUCCCAAGAACUGUUGGAAGGUAGGUCGCGGAUUUAAUGGUGAUUUACAGACCAAAUCAGCUAAUGUUUUGAAGCCGUUCGGAAAUGGCGCUCGAGCAUGUAUAGGAUCGGAUUUUGCACUGCAAGAAGCGAUCCUUGCCACAGCUAUUCUGUUCCAAAAAUUCGACUUCAGAUUGGCUGAUCCUGACUACAAGCUUGUGAUUCGGCAGACACUUACACUUAAGCCGCAUGGUCUGUUUAUGUAUGCCAAGUUGCGUGACGGUAUUGAUAGCAUAUCGUUGCAAAGCGACAUCUUCAACACUGGACUAAAUUCUGUCAGCAACACAGCUGGUACAGUUUUAAACACUCUUACAAGCAGUAACGAAUCACGGCCAAUGUCGCUAUUCUAUGGCUCGAAUACAGAAACCUCCAAAGGACUGGCUGAGCGGUUUGCUGUCUCAGCCUCUUCACGAGGUUUCAGAUGCAUAAUUAAAACUCUUGAUAAUGCGAUUGACCACAUUCCGACAGAACAUCCGGUGGUAUUUUUCGUCGCAAGCUAUGAAGAGCACCCAGACAACGGUAUGAAGUUUAUUGAAUGGCUUCAAUGCUCUCCUGGUCUCAAUCUCGAAGGCGUCAAAUAUUCCGUCUUUGGCUGUGGUAAUCGCGACUGGACGCAUACAUAUCAAGUCACACCAAUCCUUGUAGAUACUCUCCUCCAAGACCGAGGCGCCGCCGCCUUUGCAGCACGAGGAGCCACCGAUGUAAGCCGAGGAGAUAUUUUAGGCGAUUUUGAGUCCUGGCAGUCUGAGCAAUUCUGGCCGGGCAUCUCGCAGCUGUUCGGCGAGACGAUUGUCAGCAACGAACCCGACUAUUUGUCACUCCUCGAUCAAAAACCUGAAAACGAAUCAUCAAAUGGUUUGCAAGUUGAGGUUGUCCAAGUGACGAAGAUGACAGCAGCCACAGAUCGACCCAAGUACCACAUGGAAAUUAAACUCUCCAAAGGUGUCACAUACAACGUCGGCGACUACUUGGAAGUUUAUCCACAAAAUUCCCAGGAAGAUCUCCGCAGAUUGCUGCAGGUCUUCAAAGUUAGAGAUAAAGAAGAUGCGGAUCCUGUCAUCAUGGCAAUCUUCAUUCGUCUCGAGCUGAACCAGCCAGCAACAGCCAAUCAAAUACGGAAGCUCAGCGAGAUUUGUGCCAGCGUAAAAGACAAAGCCCUGCUCACAGACCUCGCCGACCAGGUAUCUAACUCGUCUCAAAAAGGAGUGCCUACAGUCCUCCAGCUUCUGGUAGCUCACCCAACCAUCGCAAUAUCACCCAAUCAGCUCGUCUCGUUGCUACCGUCGAUACGGUCUCGCCCCUACUCGAUCUCAUCCUCACCUGCAUGGUCCCCUACCAGAUGCACUCUGACAUGGUCACUCAUGGACCGACCAGCCUUGACAGACGCUCGGUACAAGGACGAGCCACCCGUGGUGGGCCUUGCAUCUGGAUUCUUGGCGAGACUUGCACCUGGCGAUAGGUUCAAAGCCUCCAUUCGCCCUGGCAAGGACCGAUUCCGACCGCCUCAGGACCUCAGCUCGGUACCAAUGAUCAUGCUCUGCAUAGGUGCCGGCAUAGCGCCCUUCCGAGGUUUCAUCCAGCAUCGGGCUGAGGCCAUUCGCCGAGACCCGAGCGCGUCACUCGCGCCGGCCGUCCUGUACGUGGGCUGCAGGAGUGCGCAGGAGACGCUGUAUGCAGGGGAACUGGCAGAGUGGGAGCAGAAGGGGGCUGUGAAGGUGCACUGGGUCUUCUCCAGGCCGGCCACCACCCAGGGUGAGAAUGGUGUGGCCGCGGCGCAGGGGUAUGUGCAGGAUCAGGUCUGGACUGAUAGGGCUGAUGUGGUGCCAUUGUGGGAUGAGGGGGCCCGCGUCUACGUCUGCGGCAGCCGGGCUCUGAGCCAGGGGGUGAGGGAUGUUGUCAAGCGGAUCUAUGGCGACGUUGCGAGAUCCAGGUGUGGCCCGAAGGAUGAAGAGGCCGUGGAUGAGUGGUGGCUUGACGUAAUCCGCGAGAGAUAUGCGGUUGAUGUGUUUUGA